AGAGAACUAGCUGUACUCCCUGCUGCAAGCCUCAGAUAAGCUGCAUUUCACACACUGUAGCUUGGCUCAAGCCUCUUCUAAAUUGGAAUACAAUGCAAAGGAUUUCCAGUAUAGCUUUCUGCUGCCUGAAGGGACUCUGAGCAGCUUUCUUGUAACCUUAUUUUUUAGUUUCAUUGUGGCACCAGUCUUUCUGCUCAGGUUAUGAAGGCAGCCUAAUACCCGAGCUGGAAUGACUGGCCAGUUUACCAUGAAAGGACAUGCCAUUCAUCCUCGUGAGCUGAUUGCUCACUUUAAGCCCUAAUGGUCUAGCCCUUCUGGAGAUUGGGCUGAAUCAUCUACAGCUGACUUGCCUCCUAUUCCUGCUGUGAUUCUCUCCUUCUACUUGGCGCACCAUGGGAGGAUGCUUCUCCAAACCAAAACCAGUUGAAGUGAAAAUUGAAGUUGUCCUACCAGAGAAAGAGAGGGCAAAGGAAGAGAUGUCACCCAAUGGGAAAGCCAGUCCACUUGUUUACAAAGUCAAUGGGACUGCCCGGCAUUACCACCUUGAAGAACAUCCCAUCACCAUCAACCCCUACCAGAAUGUGAAGGAUGUAGUUGAAGCCUCAGUGUGCCAUGUGAAGGACCUUGAGAAUGGACAGAUGCGAGAAGUAGACCUGGGUUGUGGGAAGGCUCUGCUGAUAAAGGAAAAUGGAGACUACUAUGCAAUGGGACACAAAUGCCCUCACUACGGAGCCCCACUGGUGAAAGGGGUUUUAUCCAAAGGAAGAGUGCGCUGUCCCUGGCAUGGGGCUUGUUUCAGCAUUGGCACUGGUGAUAUAGAGGACUUUCCUGGCUUGGACAGCUUACCCAAAUUCCAGGUGAAAAUCGAGAAGGAGAAGGUGUACAUCCGAGCGAGCAAGCAGGCUCUUCUGACGCAAAGAAGGACAAAGGUUAUGGCAAAAUGUAUCUCCCUCAGCAACUACAAUGUCAGUAGCACCAACGUGCUGAUUAUCGGAGCAGGUGCUGCUGGAUUGGUUUGUGCGGAGACCUUAAGACAGGAAGGUUUCUCCGACAGGAUCGUAAUGUGCACAAUGGACAGACACUUACCCUAUGACCGACCCAAGCUAAGUAAGUCAAUGGAUUCCCAUUUAGAUCAGAUCACCUUGCGCCCUAAGGAAUUUUUCCGUACAAGUGACAUUGAGGUCCUGACUGAAACACAGGUUGCAGCUGUGGACAUCAAGAACAAGAUAGCUGUGUUCAAGGAUGGAUUUAAGAUGGACUAUAACAAACUGCUGAUAGCAACCGGAAACACGCCCAAAGCCCUUAGCUGUAAAGGCAAAGAAGUUGAGAAUGUUUUCAACAUCCGAACCCCUGAAGAUGCCAACCGGGUAGUGAAACUGGCCAGCAGCAAGAAUGCAGUUAUAGUGGGAGCCUCUUUCCUUGGGAUGGAGGUGGCAGCCUACCUCACAGAGAAGGCCCAUUCCGUGUCUGUGAUUGAGCUGGAAGAAGUGCCUUUCAUGAAGUUCUUUGGGGAGAAGUUUGGCCAAGCGCUCAUGAAGAUGUUUGAAAACAACAGGGUGAAGUUCUACAUGCAGACUGAAGUGUCUGAGCUGCGGGAGCAGGAGGGCAAGCUUAAGGAAGUUGUCUUGAAGAGUGGGAAAGUCCUCCGUGCAGAUGUCUGUGUCAUCGGCAUAGGUGCAAGUCCAGCAACAGGAUUUCUGAAGCAGAGCGGCAUUAACAUUGAUUCCAAAGGCUUCAUUGUCGUCAACAAGAUGAUGCAGACCAACACCCCAGGAGUUUUUGCAGCUGGUGAUGCUGUCACAUUUCCACUGGCCUUGCGUAACAACAAGAAGGUGAACAUCCCUCACUGGCAGAUGGCACAUAUGCAUGGCCGCAUAGCAGCUCUGAACAUGCUGGCCCAUGGCAUGGAGAUCAACACGGUCCCGUAUCUGUGGACGGCUGUGUUUGGGAAGAGCAUACGAUAUGCAGGCCAUGGGGAAGGAUUUGAUGAUGUUGUCUUUCAAGGCGAUUUAGAUGAACUGAAGUUUGUGGCAUUUUACACCAAGAACGAGGAGGUGAUUGCUGUGGCUAGUAUGAAUUAUGAUCCAAUUGUGUCCAAAGUCGCUGAGGUCAUGGCCUCUGGGAGAGCGAUCAGAAAACGAGAUGUGGAAACUGGAGACAUGUCUUGGUUAACUGGAAAAGGCUCUUAACAUGGGAAGGAAGUGAUUUCUGCUGAGGCUGCACUUGCCAAAGAGGAGACUGGGGUGACCAGCAGGAGGCUCUGCUGCUAAAUGCAAAUCUAGUCAGCUGAGUCAUUGCCUCCCUCAGACUUUGAAGCAUCUUUCACUGAACGUUUAUGUUCCCAGCAAUGCCAUCUGUACACACAGCCGGUGGUUCUGAAGCACCAGUGGCAGCCUGUGUGCUUGGGUUCUGCAGAGUUUAAAAAUUCUAUGGAAACACAAGGAGAACACAGGAUCCCUGAGAAAGCACUGACUUGCACUGGCCUUCAGAGUCUGAAACAAACAUAUGCUCUAGCACCAACAGCUGCAUCUCUCCACAAACCCUGCUGGGGCAUGGGGAGAGUAGAAUGGAGCUUACCUUCACUUUCUUCUGGUAGGGAGGGACUGCCUGCAAAAACAAGGCAAACUAAUCAUCUUGGGCAACAUGUUAAAGUUACCCACCCUGGGACACAUCUGCUACCCCUACAAACAAUCCCACAGCCUUGCACUGUACCCCAUGCUCCCAACUUCACCCACAAUAUGCACCCAGCUAGCCUACCCCUCACCCACACUCCACUCUCAUACAAGCAAGCAUGCCCUCACCAACACCCUGCAUCACUCUCCAACCUGCACCAACACCCCCUCCCUGCCACACUCUCCCAGACACUCUCACACAACUGCUUGCCCCCCUGCAUCCUCCUCACCCUUCACUUUCCACCCACAGUGUCAUCCUCACCCACACAGCUUCAACCACAUCCAUGUGCUCCCAUUCAGAUCCUUACCCGCACAGUCCGAGUCCUAGAGCUUCGCUUUAUCCAUGCCCACAGCCAUAAGCACGGAGCUCUUGAGGUACACAGCUCACAGGAACGAGCCUCCCAGCCCAGGUUGAUGGACUCCCUGGCUUGCGGGGCUAGUGCACUAAAAACAGCUGUGUAGACGGCGCUUCGCCGCUGCAGCUUGGACUGAAACUUGGGCUCCCCGACCUCCAGUCCAAGCAAUGUCGACACAGCUAUUUUUGGAGCACGAGCCCAGCAAGUAUCCUUGGAAUGUAUAGUCUGGCUCGUGUGUUAAUUGCAGUCAGUUGCUAGGUGUUGAAGUUAAACUCCAUGUUCUGUAAAGACCUGGGUCUCCCUUUUUCAGUUCUUAAACACCUGGGCUAGGUUCAGUCUUUCCCAGUUCCCCAGGGACAAGUUUUGACCUCACUUACACUGGAAUGAUGCUGGUGCAACGCCAUUGUUCCAAUGGAGUUACUCCUGAUUUACAUCAAUGUAAGUGGGUCCAGAACAAGCCCUGUGAUCUCCAGAAGAUCUUGGGUAUAAUUUGCCAAUGGUUCUGAUACAAUUUCAGCUUAUUCUUUUAGCAUCCCAGGGUGAAUGUUCAGAGCAUCCUGUUUUGAAUACAGAUCUAGUCAUCCUGGUCUCUUUAACUUGCUUCUGCCUGAUCCAGCCUCAUGAACGCUCCCUUCUUCUUUAAUUGUUUUGCAUAAGUCAUCCUGCUGCUGUCAUCCUACCCACUGGAAAGUGGGGCAAAGUAGCUAUUGAACGAGAUUUCUGACUGUGCCUUGUCAUCUAUUAUUUAUUCUGCUUGUCAUUCAGUGGCAGCGCUAAAUCUACCUUCUCAGUGUCUUGCUUUAUUAUCCUCCUUUUCUGUCCCCUUUUAGGAACAAAGGCAUUGCCACACCACUUCAGAAUGCCCACGUAGUCUCGCAUUCUGUCUCGGUCAGUACCCACUGCCCAGAGGCUUCAGGGAAAAUUGCUGGAAUCCUAUAACGGACAAUUUUGAAAUAACCUGCCCCUGAGGAAAAUUUCCUCCCAAAUCCUAUCAAUCCAUCGUACUUUAUGCCCUGAAGCAGGAGAGUUUAUAUCUUACAUAUUAUUUAUCCUGUUUGAUGUAACCGGUGUUAUUCUCAUUAUCCUUAAGUGUCAAAUCCAUUCUGGAAUCCUGAUUAAAACCUUGGACUUGAUAUUUUGGAGCAGAGAGUUCCCUAGUGAACUGUGUUGUUGUCACGGGGUACACUCACUGCUAGUGGCACCUCCUAGCUGUCCUGGGGAUUAGCUCUGGCCAGGCAUAGCGCCCUCCUCUGGUGGUGUCUCUGCUGUUGUCCUCUUGCCCAGCAGACCCUUCUCGCUCCAGGGCCUGCGGCGUCCUCUUUGUGACUCAGCCCUCCAGCCAGGUCACUCUAUAGUUCCCCCUUCGGGGGGGGGUGGAAUAGGGUGGGUAUCAAAGUCCCUCCAUACUCAAUGGCAGUCUUCCUUUACUGCUCUGACCAUGCCACACUUCCAGUAGCUGGUAGGGGAACCCAGGCCCACCCUCUAUUUUGAGUCCAGCUCAGGGGCCCUCCAGUUAGCAGCCAAGGCCUGCACUCUCCUACCUUGCUUCUUUUCCCCUGAUCCUUUUCCUACCUUCACAGUUCCCCACCGAGUUUGUUAGCCUCCCAACUCCCUCUUCUCGGGAUGUAACUGUAGACUACUUGCCUCUAACCCCAGACACGCCUCCCUUCUCCAAAGGAGCAACUGCGGACGCCUUUCCUGCAGCACUCUGUUGCCAGCUUCCUGGCUUAUAUAGGUCCCCACCUGUUUCUGCCCAGUUGAGCCUCUUCUAAUUAAAUCCCUCUUCUCCAAGAUGCAGCCUGGGCAGUUAAUUGGCCCACUUAGCCAUCUUCACCCCUCCAGGCUUUGUGGAGGGUGGACAUCCCAUCACAACUGUAUAUAAAAUAUUUCCUUAGCUUGUGUGUGACUAUGUUGCCCUUUGUUAUUUUAUAUAACUGUCAAACGCCCCCUUAUUUGUUGUAUCUUAAACUUUUCAGUCUUUGCUUAGGCAGCAAGGCCUCCUAUAGGUAUCACUAAUUUCUAGUCCCUGCAAUUUCUGCUGUAACUAUCUGCAGAGGGCAUAACCAGAGCAGAACACAGUAUUUCAGUCAAGGAUGUACCAAUGACUUACAGAUGGCAUGACCAGCUUUUCAGAAUUAUUGUCCACAGCACUCUUCACAGUAGUAUUGUCGCCCAGGUCUUGGUCUCUGUGACUUGACCUUACACAUCCUUGCUGUCACCCUUUCUCUCCCUGCCCCACAACUUUUACUUGCCCCCUGGAAUGAAUCCUUUUCCUUAUUUUUUUAUUCUCUUUUGUUUUAAGAUCUUUACAAAGUUUUCUAAGACCCCAGUGCAGUCAUACUGAUCCUUCACUUCCUUCCCCACUGCGGCCUUACCCAGACUAGGACAAAGGUGUUGUUUUUUUUUAAAUCAUGUUGGCUAAUACAUUUUAAUUAAGUGCUAUUUAAAAACUCAUUAGCCACUAAUGUAGAUAGGUUCUAACUCCUUUAAAAUGUGUUAGCUUAUUGUGGCCAAUCCUAGCUCACUCCAAGGGUUCAUGUCAGCUGGCUAAUAUGUGGGAAAAUACCACUGGCCCUGCCUACUCUAGGGUUUUCAGUGUGUUAGGUUCACCCUAUUUUAAAAGCUCCUCUUUCUCCAUCCAGAUGAGGCCUGUGAUUGGGACACGCACACCCCACGCACACCCCGUAGCGAGUAAGCAGGGGUAGAGGUGAGUCUAGAGAUGAAGGUGUGCGUGUAGGGGGCAGGUGGAAGCCGAGAAGCCCAGGCCCUGCUGCCUCUUUGGCAGAAGGGGGAAAGACGAGCAACAGGCUCAGAAGCCAGUAGGGUUUUUUCAUGAGGGAAGGAGCAGAGAAGCGGGCAUGGAGUGAAGGACCGAACCCCAGGCAGAAAGGAGCAGCUGGAGCCACUGCUCUUUUAAUGGGUGGGAAGGAGGGAAAAGAGGUGAGGGACUCAGCCAUCAGCAGGAGGCACUGGGAGGCUUCCUGCUCCCAAGAGAGGCAAUAGCAGCAGGAGCAACAAUGGUUGGUCCCUGUCGGCAGGCUGGAAAGUAGCAAGAACUGACUUGGCUGGAGGAGUGCGGUCAGCAGAAACCUAUAGGGAACAUAGAGGGUUCAGAGGCCCCUUAGUGAUGGGUGUGCCUGGAGGCCCCAGGGGCUGUUCAGAAACCCCCUCUUCAGCUUCAGUGCUGCUUCCCCUCUGUGCUAGUCCCACUGAAUGCGGGCCACACCCACCUUCAGGAUCCCCAAGCAGCCACUUGUUCUGUUGGUACUUAAGUCUUUUCCUUUUAGAGCUGUCCCAUUAUAGUGCGAUAGAACAGGGAUGCUGGGCUUUUAAGCCCUGUGCAGCCCCUACGGUUCAUUUAAGCUUUCUGAGGCUGAGAAAUUUCCUGGCUCCUCUUGAAUUCUCUUUCUCUUCUCCCCUCAAGGUCCUCAAGACCAAUGUUCCCUCUAAUUUUUGACAGGCCGUGUGCACAAAAUAUUUCUUCUGUGCAAAUUAUUGUGCUUCUGUGCAAAUUUUUGUGGGCAUAGUGUUUCUCCAUGUGCGCAGGGUUUAGGAUCUGUGUGCGCACACGCACAGCUUAGAGGGAACAGUGCUCAAGACCAUUCCUCUGCAGGCUGGAGGUAGGAGGGUUGAGCAUGGAUCCUUUCAUCUUUGCAGUCUCAUUGCCAGGUUAUUUUCGUGUGUCCCUGGCUGCUUCCUCCACCCUCUGCCUGGAGAACUCACCUGCUUCCUCUUUCGAUUCACUACCUUCUCCUCCUGAUUUCUACCUCAUAGCUAAUUAUUCUGCUGUGUUCCCCAAGUUACAAACUACCUCUCUCAGCUUGUCAAUAACUAAUUAUCCUUUUAUCCUGCUUGGGUUCUCCAACUUCCCACUGUCUGCCUCUUCCGUGUGUUUUCUGGUCUCGGCUCACUGGCUCGGCCUUAUUCAAAGGGCUCUUGGGUAUAAAAAUAAAGCAGCAAACUACCCCUUGCCCCUGUUUCCAGUAGCUGUACUCACCAGCCCCUUCCCACCUUUGCCCCAUACCCAUUGAUACUCAUUUCUUCUCACACCAAACUGGUCCACCAGGCCACAGGAAGUGUAUGUGUACGCUCAACUCCUUGGGGCAAGGAUCUGUGGCCAGCAUUAGACCUCUGAAGGGGGAGAUUUUCAAUAAAAAAGCACCAUUUACAAGUGAAAGGUCCCAUCUGUGCCUUUGAAAAAAAAUCUCACCUAGGUGCCAAACCCUAGGCAUCAACAUUUGAAAAUGUUGCCAUUUGUUCUUACUUGCUAUUAAAGAUGGUCAACAUUUUUUAAAUAAAAGGUUUUCUAUUGAAAAAAUAGCCUCUUUCCCCAUGUGAAAUAUGUCACAAACAUUGUCAUUAUUGAAAUUGUUGAUUUUCGCUGGAAUUUUGGUAGAAAUUUUUAACUGACAUUUUUUAAUCAAAAUUUUUUGUUUAUUGAAAAGUCAGGUUUUGGCAAAACAUAAGGGCAAUAUUGGUUUUGAUAAAACUUUGAUUUGAAACGAUGCACAAAAUUCCUGAAAAAUGGAAAAGGUUUCAUUUCAAACCAAAUUAAAUUUGUUGUGAAAUUGUGUUUUUUUCCUUUUUUGACCAGAUCUGUUUGCUGUUUAAAGAACUGUGUUCUGCUAGUGGGCUAUAUAUAGCAUCAUCAUCACUGUGCAAAACAGAGCUGCCAAAACCUACCCUGAGGAAGAAGCAAUUGUGUAUGGCAUGGAAAGAGAAUCCAACCUUAAAACUCAGUGAUAUCCAUGGACUAUCUGAUUUAUUGUGAAUGCCAUCAGCACUUUGCAAUGCAUAAUGAAUAGAUCUCUGAGCUGAUUCUCCUGCAGUUACAUACACACAGCUGCCAUUGGAUUUAAUAGGAACCAGGUACAACACAAUGUGAGAGAAUCAGGCCCAGGUCUACAUUAUAUCCCGCCUGACUAAUCAGUUAUAGGGUAUUCAAGUGGGGCACUCCCAUAGUGCCUUUCUUUCCCUUCCUUCCCUUUUGUUCCUUUCAGAAUUUUUAAAUUAGCAAUAAUUAGAAUGAUUAUAAUGAAGCCCCUCCUGAGAGGGUAAUGAGUGAGUGUGAACUGUAGGAGGAGUGUGAGGGGAGGAGCGGGCAAUGUGUGAGGAUCUGUGUGAGAAAAGAGAUGAGAAGAUGAUGUCUUAUCUAUUGUUGUCAUCAUCUGUACUGACAAAUGUUCUGAUUAUAGCUGGCUAAUCUUCCUUUCCUCACUGUAGACACUUAUAGGGAAAAUCUGCAUAUUCAUCUAGUGCUCUGCAUGGAUGAAUAUAAAUAUAACCUGAAUAAUAAAGUCCAAACUUCCAGCAGAUUAUUACUGUCAUUUAUUUGCCUACCAUUAAGCUACCCCUAGAUCCUCUACCCUUCCAUUUUCCUGCCAAGGAGCUUUUCUU